AUGACAAAUUCCUUGAUUUUCCUUCCAGAUAUGGAUGACUGUUUUGAAUGUCCAGAAGAUCAUUAUCCAAAUAAAGGAAAGAAAGGGUGUAUCUUGAAAAUGGUUUUGUUUCUAACCUUUGAAGAAACCCUAGGAAUUGGUUUAUCCUCAGCAGGUCUUUGUUUCUUCUUCUUGACAUCUUGGGUACUUGGAACUUUUGUUAAGCACAGGGAUACUCCCAUUGUCAAAGCCAACAACCGCUCCCUCACCUACACCCUGCUUGUCUCACUGCAGCUCUGUUUUCUGUCUGCUUUGUUCUUUCUCAGUCAGCCUUGUAAAGUGACCUGCCUUUUCCGACAAUCAACAUUUGGUGUCACUUUCUCAGUGGCCAUUUCUAGUGUACUGGCCAAAACCAUCACUGUAGUUGUUGCUUUCAUGGCCACUAAACCAGGAUCUCAGAUGAGGAAAUGGGUGGGGAAAAGAUUGGCCUUUUCUAUUGUCCUCUCAUGCUCUCUCUUCCAAGUAUGUAUUUGCAUACUUUGGUUGUCAACAUCUCCCCCAUUCCCUGAGUUGGACAGGUACUCAGAGAUUCAAGAAAUGAUUUUACAGUGCAAUGAGGGGUCAGCUUUCUUCUUCUACUGUGUCUUGGGCUACAUGGGUAUCUUGGCCAUUGCCAGCUUUAUUGUGGCUUUUUUUGCCCGCAAAUUACCUGACAGCUUUAAUGAAGCCAAGUUCAUCACCUUCAGCAUGUUGGCCUUUUGCAGUGUGUGGAUCUCCUUCUUUCCAUCAUAUCUGAGCACUAAAGGAAAAGCCAUGGUAGCUGUGGAGGUCUUCUCCAUCUUGGCCUCUAGUGCUGCAUUACUGGGAUGCAUAUUUCUACCAAAGUGCUACAUCAUUGUUUUCAGACCUGACCUAAAUCAAAGAGAGCAACUCAUAAAGAAGAAUUAAUACCCCAAGUAUACAU